ACUUCAUCUUCGAUUACAUCACUACAAAAACAAACAUCUUAACUCUACCUAUCAAUGGCUGUUUCUAGUUCUCUAACUACCUCUGCAAGAAAACUCCGGUCUGAUCUAUACUCUUACUUCUAUCAAGACAACUCCAAGACACCUCUUGUUAUCUCUCUUCUCUCGUCUGUGAUUGAUCGAACUGUAACUAAAAACCAGAGGAUUAGUCAGAGAGCGUCACAGGCGUCUUAUUCUUCAUGCGGCGGUGGCAAAACCCAUAUCUUUGAUUGCCGUGAAAUCCCCGACUUGACUAUACAAUCGUACCUUGAGAGAAUUUUCCGGUACACUAAAGCCGGUCCUUCGGUUUACGUGGUGGCUUAUGUCUACAUUGAACGGUUCUGUCAAGUCAAUCCCGGUUUUAGAAUCAGUCUCAUUAAUGUACAUCGCCUCCUCAUCACCACCAUCAUGAUCGCUUCUAAAUACGUCGAGGAUUUGAAUUACAGAAAUUCAUAUUUUGCCAAAGUAGGUGGGUUAGAGACAGAAGAUUUGAACAGAUUGGAGUUAGAGUUUCUGUUCUUGAUGGGAUUCAAGCUACAUGUUAAUGUGAAUGUGUUCGAGAGUUAUUGUUGUCAUCUUGAAAGAGAGGUUAGCUUUGGAUAUGGAGGUUAUCAGAUUGAGAAGGCAUUACGUUGCGCGGAAGAAAUUAAAUCCAGACAAAUGGUCGUUAGAGAUCCUAACCAUCAUCAUCAUCAGUUUGGUCGAAUCUUGUUGUAGACAAAUAAAUUUCGUUUUGACAAAUAAAUUUCGUUUUUCCAUUAGUAAUAUUUGUCAUUUUGUAUUUGUGAUCUUCACUACAAACUUGUUGGUUAGAGUUUUAUGCUUUUGUGUGUUUUCAAUGGUCUUAGUGUAAAUGUAAAUGUAAAUCUAAGUGUAGAUGCGUAGAGAUGAGGAAUGAUGUAUUUACGAGCAUUGCAUU